AUGGCUAUCGUAGGCAGUCACAAUCCUUUGGCUUUCACUUUUGGCAUACUAGGUAACAUCAUUUCCUUCAUGGUGUACUUGGCUCCGCUGCCAACUUUUUACCGAAUAUACAAAAAGAAAUCCACUGAAGGUUUUCAAUCACUGCCAUAUUUGGUGGCAUUAUUCAGUUCUAUGCUUUGGUUAUACUAUGCAUUGCUCAAAAUUCAAGAAGCUGUUCUCCUUAUCACAAUUAACUCAUUUGGAUGUGUCAUAGAGAUCAUCUACAUUGUCACGUACAUAGUCUAUGCGCACAAGGAUGCCAGGAAAUUAACCAUUAAACUAUUUGCGGUGAUGAAUGUGGGCUCCUUCUUCUUGAUCCUCUUCGUCACGCAUUUUGCUAUAAAUGGUUCCUUCCGUGUCAAAGUCCUUGGAUGGAUUUGUGUCUCCGUUUCAGUGAGUGUCUUUGCAGCACCUCUAAGCAUUGUGGCACAAGUGAUUAGAACAAAGAGUGUACAGUUUAUGCCCUUCAAUUUGUCAUUUUUCCUCACGUUGAGUGCCAUAAUGUGGUUUGCAUAUGGUCUCUUUCUCAAGGACAUAUGCAUUGCUCUGCCGAAUGUGGUGGGUUUUCUUCUGGGGCUACUUCAGAUGCUUCUAUAUGCCGUUUACAGGAAUAGCGGUAUUAAAAAGCAACAGGUUGUUACAGAGGAGAAAGAGCAAGCAUUGGAGUCAGUGAUAAACAUCGUUGUUGUGAACCCGUUGGGAUCUUGUGAAGUGUUCCCAAUCCCAGUAGAUGCGAAUGGUGUUGGUGACGUGAAUCAACAGUUACAGGGAAAGAAAGGAAUAGAAGAUGCAAAAGAACAGGAAAAAAGCGUGGAAGCCAACGAAUGCAAAGUGUGA